AUGAUCACCGCAUUGAUUCUUAGCGCUCUCACGAGCUUCGUCGUUUACCAUGUUGUUUGGCGUUACCGUGGCCUCAAGUACCACCUCGCCCUGGCAAAGAGCUCUGGCUUACCUGUAGUCGUACUGCCAUGGGACACAUUCAGUACCUUCUGGCUGGCCACGUUCGCGAUAUGGCUGCCGAUACUGCAGAGAAUAGUACCGAAAUCUCAACACGGUGUAUGGAUGGAUAUCCUGCACCCAGAAUGGAGUCACCUAUCAGGCUACAGUGUCUUUGAAAAGGUGGGCAAGGAUAUCUUCCUUGUCGCUAGCCCAAACCCCUCUGUGGCAGCGAUGAACUUGGCCCUUUAUGUUAUCAGCGGUGCAGGUUUCGACGUGCGCGUAGCAUGGCCACAUGAAGACGCAAAGAACCAAGUAGAUAAUAAAUCCGGUGACGACGCCAUCUUCGUGUCUGCCAAGCCGCCGCCUGGUCAUACAAUGAGCUAUCGGGAGGCUCUUAGUAUACUGCUUCAUCACAUGCUCUGGACAGUGGUUUUCCCUCUCCAUUGGCUCCCAUGGUCCCCAGUCGAGAUUCACCGUAAAGUCGGUGUGGCUGUGAGUGAAUGGGGCAAUUACAUGGACGACAUCUAUCAAGCCAAGAAGAAACAAGUCAUCUCUGGUGAUAACAAGGAAGGCAUGGAUAUUUUCAACGCCUUGAUCCGUGGAAGCGGCAUCGCCGACCCCAAGAACACGACUGUCACUACUAGCGACCUAUUCGGCAACGCUUUUGUGCUCAUCCUCGCUGGUCACGAAACAACAGCCAACGCACUACACUUUUCUUUGCUACUCCUGGCAAUGAAAUGGCAUACACAGAAGAAACUACAGGAGGAUAUUGACAAUGUCUUUGGUGGGAAACCAAUGGACCAGUGGAAUUACGAGGAGCAUUUUCCGAAGCUCUUUAGCAGUAUGCCCGCAGCAAUCUUGAAUGAGACGCUCAGACUUUUACAGCCAAUUACCAACAUUCCGAAGUCGACAGCACCCGGACGACCCCAGCAGCUCACCAUAGAUGGUCAACAGUAUACCAUACCCGGAGACACGCGCAUCUUGUUCAACUCAGCUAUCCAUCGCAAUCCAAAGUACUGGCCGCCGCCAGCGGACAAACCCAACAAGCCUGGAUUCAACGAUGCUGACUACUUCAGACCGGAACGCUGGAUCGUAGAUGCUAAACCCACAGAGGAGUUUGUCGACCAUGAGUACGAUGACGAAGACCUGCGUGGCCCCUCUGGCGAGGACACUUCUUCCCUGCUCUUCAAACCAGUCAAGGGCUCUUACAUUCCGUUUAGCGACGGCUACAGAUCCUGCAUCGGACGACGCUUUGCACAGGUCGAGAUGAUGGUCGUGUUGGCGGCUAUCUUCUCGCAAUAUAGUGUUGAAUUUGCAGUUGAAGACUGGGCCACUGAUGAAGAGGUGGAGAAAAUGCCAAAGGGAGGCAAGGAAAGAAGAGAGCUGUAUCAGAAGGCCAUUGAUCGAGCACAGUACAAGCUCACGCACGAGAUGGGAAGCAUCAUCACCCUGCAGUUGAGAGGCAGUCCUGUUCCUAUCAGGUUAAUGAAGAGGGGCGAGGAACGAUUUGCUUUUGAUUAG